AUGAGGUCAAUCUCCUUUCUCUUCCUAACAGCCCUCCUCGAAUUCGCUUGCUUGGCUGGCCUGGUCAUAUACGUCCGACAUCUCCGUUCUCGCAGUCUCGCAGCACGAAAACAUGUAUUGCUCCAGCUGGGAUAUUCGGGUUCCGGUAGUGCUAGUAAGAACCUAAGAUUUGUCGGCUUCUUCCAUCCCUACUGCAAUACAGGUGGAGGGGGCGAACGCGUCUUGUGGACCGCUAUUGCUGCUAUCCAGCGGACAGACCCGUCCAUCAUAUCCGUGGUCUACACAGGCGAUGUAGACGCCACAAAGGAUCAGAUCAUACAUAAAGUAAAGGCCAGGUUCGACAUCGCUCUCUCACCCUCAUCUCUCCAUUUCGUCUUCUUGCGCCAUCGAACCCUCGUUGAGGACGCGGCAUGGCCGAGGUUCACCCUUUUAGGUCAGAGUCUCGGCUCCAUGGUUCUCGCUUGGGAAGCCAUGUGUGGGCUCAUACCAGACUUGUAUAUCGACACGAUGGGAUACGCCUUCACCUUCCACGUCGUCUCCUGGCUGGGCGGAAUCCCGGUUGGGACGUACACCCACUACCCGACGAUCAGCACGGAUAUGCUCGCGCGCGUCCGGUCUCGAAAGCGUUGGCACACAAACUCGGACGUCAUCUCUUCGUCCGCAGUUCUUUCCCGCGGAAAACUGUUAUACUACCGCCUCUUCAUGUACUACUACGCCCUCUCCCUCCGCGGCGCCUCCUUCAUCAUGGUCAACUCCUCCUGGACGAAAUCCCACAUCGACAGCGUCCUCCAACACUCCGACCCCCUCCUCGACACCCUGCACGCCCUCACCCCGCUCCUCGCCCUCCGCCUCCUCGCCCCCUCACGCGCCCCACGCUCUGCCAAGGUCGUCUAUCCCGCGUGCGAUACGAGGGAGAUGGCGAAGUUCGGGUUGGGAGGGAGGGAGAGGGUUGUGUUGAGCAUUGCGCAAUUUAGACCUGAGAAAGACCACGCGGCACAGCUUUACGCGUUCCGCGAGCUCCUCAAGAUGCAUCCUUCAUACGGGAUGAAAGGCGAUGAGGAGGUGAGGUUGGUGCUGUUGGGGGGCAGUAGGAACGACGAAGACGCAGCUCGGGUCGAGGCGCUUCGUCGGCUUGCUAAGGAACUAGACAUCCAGUACAACGUCGAAUUUGUCGUGAACGCUUCGUAUCCGUCUAUGCUGUCGUGGCUAUCGACAGCGAGUAUAGGGCUGAGCACGAUGGUGGAUGAACAUUUUGGGAUUAACGUUGUUGAGUUUAUGGCUGCAGGCGUCAUCCCGGUGACACACGCUUCGGGAGGACCUCUAAACGACAUCGUCGUCCCCUUUAAUGGAGAACCUACAGGCUACCACGCGACUUCCCCUGAGACGUUUGCAGCCGCGAUGGAGAGUGUGCUGACGUUACCGGCCGCGGAGGAGGUGAAGUUGAGGGAGAGAGCGAGGCGGUGGGCUGUUGAGAAGUUUUCCGAGGAAGAGUUUGAAAAGGGGUGGAAUGGGAGUGGGUGGAGGGAUUGGUUGUGAAUGCGGGUGCAUGAGUCGGGAGAGGCUUGGACGGAUGAUGGGGGAUUUCGGUCGGAUCUUGCGAUUGCGUUAUUUGGACAACGAGUUUUAGUUGCCGGGUAUGCUGUACACUUUUCGACGGGAAGGUUCGGGGAGGCUAGUGUCGAUGUUACAUGAUGCAGAUGUAGUUCCGUCCUUGCAUUGAUAUCUGAUAUCUGAUUCAUGUUCCCUGAAAAGUAUACAAAAUGAUAAUACAAACACGUUUUAUUCUACAUAUCUCCUCGUUCCUCGCGACGACCGUGACACUCGAGAGGCCGGCAUCUACGCAUCUAGCUUUGUGAUAAUCUCCUCCCUCUUUCCAAUGAUGUCAUUAAUGUCCUUAUAGCCGCUUAAGCCCAUGGUGACAUGGAGAUCUGCGAGGGUCUGGUUGAGGAUCUGUUCCACGCCUUCUUGUCCUGCGAUGGCGAGGCCGUACAUGAAGGGCCUUG